GAGGGAUACUAUGAACAGAGACGAUCCUAUGAGGAAAAGAAAGGGCAAGAAAGGUAACAAAGCUCAGAACAUAUUUGCCCUUAUUACAAAUAACAGACAGGAUAGAUCCUGGAGAGGAAUGAGAGAGUUGUACCAUUUCAACUCAAAUGUUGAACUUGCUGAGUACUCCUUACCCAUCGUAUCCACAGACAAGGAUAAUGAAGAAGAGAAAUUCCAACCAGGAGUUGUCAGUGUUGGAGGAGUCAACGUUAAGAUGGGCACCAAGGCUAACAAAUUAGAGCCUAUCAGCCACCCUAGUCAUAUGUCAGCCAGCGAAAGAGAAAUCUUAGAGGAAGAAGGUGAAGGCAUGGAUGAAUUCGAUGACGAAGCUGAAGGCGAAGGAGAAGAAGCAUACUCAGAGAAAAGUCUUGAUUCACAAGAGCUUGGAGAGAUGAUAGAUGCUGUCGAUGAUAAGGCUGAAAAUGAACUUGCUAUGGCUAAGAAUAGCAUGUUUAUUGAAAAGAAUACUCCUUUGUACAGGCAAAGGCAAAAUAUCAAGACUGGAGAAGAUGCAAUCUCCUUCUUUGCGAAGCAUGGAAACAACACUCCAAUUAAAAUCUUUAAUUGUAACAGAGCUAAAGUACCUCCAGCAGUCUUCAGGCCUUACGACCUUGAGGUGGUACUUGAUGAGAAGCAGCUCAAUGAAGAAUACUUUACUAUUUCAAAUAGAGGAGUUGUCCAUGUAUUCAAAAAGAAUACUAAGAGAAUGAGUGAUGAAGAUAUGGUUCCCACAGAGUUCCUGUUUGCAAGUGACUGGAUGCAUGAGGCUACUCUUUUCAAUGUUCUCACAUCAAUGAAAUUCUUUAAAACCUAUCUCAUUGGUAAGGUCUUCAACUCUUGGAAAUCCAAUGUCAGAUAUAAGAAGUUUUUCCGUACUAGAGAGAAACUCUCAAAGAAUUUGAAAUACAUGAGGCCUGCUUUCCAGCAUUCUUUCAAUGACAUCAACUCUACACUAUAUGAGAUGCAAAAAGUGAAAUGUUUCAAGGAGACGAAGCAAACAAAGACCUACAGACUCGAAGAAGAUUUCAUCAAUGACCAAAAAGGCGGUAGAGAUGCGGCAAAGGCUCACUACGAGAAUAAAAUCACAGAUAUUACAAACAAGCUGAUCGAACUCACCACCGAAGUCUCUGAAUCAAAGAACAUGAGAGAUGAGGAAGAUUUUGAAAAUUCUAAGAUUGGGCAGAAAGUCAAACAUAAGGCAAUGACUGUUCAGAAAAAGGAAGAACAGACGAAGAGAGACGUUUUGAAAAUUGCCAAAAAGAACAUUUCAAAUCUUGGUACUUUCAUCAGGCUUAUUGACUACAUGGUAGUUGAGACUCAAGUAAAGAUUAACCAAGAUAGUGCAAACAUGGUCUAUGCAGAGAUGUGUCAAGAUGAUAGAAAGGCUGGUAUCACAACAGAAAUCAAAUACUGCAAUGAGGGAGGAAUGUUGUUUACCCCCACUAGCACAGAGUUCAUGGAGCACUUCACUACAAUGCUUUCUGAAAUGGUUUCUACUGCUAAAGAUGUAACUAGAAUCAUCAACAACAACCAAUUCUCUCAAUAUAACCAAGGAUUUGGAGCUGAAUCAGGUCCUAACUUCUUAACUAUUGUUAGUUCAUCUGAAGAUUAUGAAGAAGUCAAGGAAAAGAUCAACCAAAAAUUCAAAGAAGACUUCGAACAGCUCCACAAAGACUCUCUUAACUUUGAAGAAUGUAGAAAUGUCUAUGAAUUCGUAGAGAAUUUCAAAUUUGAAGAAUUCAAAAAUGCUGGUCACCCUCUCUCAGUAAUCCAAGAGCAUCUAGAUAAACACAGAAAAUGGGAAAUGAGAGUUGCUACUGUUAUCAAAGCUCAGAUUAUUAAAGGAAUUGUCUACGGAAACGGAAAAACUCUUAGAGAUGAUCUGAGUUCGAAAGUUAGAGAGAACCUCCAUAAUAUUAGAAAAUACUUAGAAGACUUAAUUUUAGGGAAACAACAGGAUGUCUUGGACAGGUUGACGAAAAUUACCAAACAUUUAGGAGCUCAAAUGACUUCACUCUCUGAAUAUGUUGAAAAUGUGAAGACUCUCAACGUUUCAAAGGAUGAGUACAAGACUCUGGUCAAUGAGAAGAUCACUAUUGAAGAGAUGAUCAAUAUUCUUAAGAAAAGUAACAAGUCUAAGCAGGACAUUAACUCAUUCGGAGAGGAUACUUCUGGAGGAUACCACACCAUCCAGAUCAGAUCAACCAAGAUCGAAACCAAGCUUGACGAGUGCACCCAGUGCAUCAACAACAAAGAGUCCGAAGUAAUGGGGGAGGUUGAUGAGAAAGUCGUCGAGCUCAACUCCAGCAUCGAAAACACAAAGAACAACAUGAAGGAAUUCAUUGAUUUGAUAGACAGAGAUAAGCUGAUUGAAGUAACCACUCCUUCUGAAGAAGCUCUUAAAGAGUUGAUUGAUAAAAUCAAGAAGAACUUUGACAAUGAAAGAAAAACUGCUCAAUACAACAUGGAUGCUCAGGCAGUUCUCCAACAGCCAGUCACAGAGAUUCCUGAAAUUGCUGAAUUCGAUAGGAAAUGGGAAGCAAGACAUAAACUCUGGAAGAUGAGAAAUGAUUGGGAUACUGACUACAAUGUAUGGUUCAACCAAGUAUUCCAAGGGCAAGACUCGUUAGCCAUUGAACAAAAGUUGAAGGAAUAUGAAAAAGAUCUAACUUGGCUCAAACAAAACCUCCCAAGAGAGAGGCCUGAUGAAGUCUAUGAGAAACUUCAUGAUGAUAUUAAAGGAACUUCCAGCAUGAAGGACCUUAUCCUUGAUUUAGGAAAUAAAGCUUUACUAGAUAGGCACUGGAAUAAGAUCUUCAAUUUGCUUCCAGAAGCAAGUGCUUAUGCAUCAUCGAGGACCUUCACUUUAAAUGAAUUAAUCAAAGAUGGUAUCCUCGAAGUCAAAGAAAAAGUUGCUGAAAUCUCAGCUCUUGCCAGUGGAGAGUAUGCAAUCAGCCAAGCACUUGAAGAAGUGAAGACCACUUGGGCAGGAAUGGAAUUCAUUGUUGUUCCAUACAGAGAUUUCAAAGAUAAAUUCAUUCUUGGAACAAUUGAAGAAAUCAUGAUUCAACUUGAAGAUGACCAGGUCUCAGUCCAAACAAUGCUGAGUUCAAAGAAUGUCAAAGAAAUCCGUGAAGACGUCACAGAAUGGCAGAUCAAGCUUUCGUAUAUCUCAGAUGUAAUUGAUGACUGGCUUGCAUGCCAGAGACAAUGGAUGUAUCUUGAAAACAUCUUCAAUGCUGAAGAUAUUCAGAAGCAACUCCCAAAUGAGUCUAAGUUAUUCAAGAAAGUAGACAAAUUCUGGAGAGAUAUUAUGACUAAGACUCACAGAAAUCCUUCAAUUCUUGAUACUUGUGAAUCAGAAGGAUUACUAAAGAGAUUCCAGAACAACAAUAAGAUGUUGGAAGAGAUUCAAAAGUGCUUGGAAGACUAUCUUGAGACAAAGAGGGCUGCUUUCCCAAGAUUCUACUUCUUGUCAAAUGAUGAACUUCUUCAGAUUCUGUCCCAGACAAGAAACCCACAGGCUGUGCAACCUCAUUUAAGGAAAUGUUUUGACAACAUGGCCAGUAUCGUCUUCACAGAGGAGAAGAAAUCUAAGUCAAUUGUAGCUAUGAUAUCUGCAGAUGGUGAAAGAGUUGAGUUCUCAGAAACAGUAAUGGCUGAAGGAAAUGUCGAAUUCUGGCUUACCAAUAUUGAGAAAAUGAUGGUCAAAUCUCUCUUUGAUCAAAACAAGGGAGCAUGGCAAGAGUACCCAGAAGAUGCUCUUGAGAGAAGAGAAUGGUUCUUUACCAAUCCAGCACAGUUAGUCUUAGCUAUUGAUCAGGUCUUCUGGACUAAAGGAUGCACAGAAGCUAUUGAAGAGAUUGAGAAAGGAAAGAACAAGAAGGCUCUACAAGAAUGGCUCGAUUUCUCAAUUGAACAAAUUGGAAAAAUGGUUGAGAUUGUCAGAAGUGAUCUGACAAAUCAUCAAAGAACUCUCAUGGGAGCUCUUAUCGUACUUGAUGUACAUGCAAGAGAAGUUGUGAGAAAAAUGAUCGAAGUAAAGGUCAACAACCUCAAUAAUUUUGAAUGGUCCAAACAAUUGAGAUAUUACUGGGAAGAGGAAGAUGAUGACUGCUUCGCUAGACAAACCAAUACAAGAUUUAGAUACGGAUAUGAAUUCCUUGGAAAUGGGCCAAGAUUAGUCAUCACUCCAUUAACAGAUAAGUGUUACAUGACCUUGACUGGAGCUUUGCAUUUGAACUAUGGAGGAAAUCCUCAAGGACCAGCUGGAACCGGAAAGACAGAGUCAACUAAAGAUUUAGCUAAAGCUCUCGCAAUUCAAUGUGUCGUGUUUAAUUGCUCUGAUGGUCUUGACUAUAAAAUGAUGGCUAGGUUCUUCUCAGGACUUGCUCAAGGUGGUGCAUGGUCAUGUUUCGAUGAGUUUAACAGAAUUGGUAUUGAAGUGUUGUCUGUUAUUGCCCAGCAAAUGCUUACCAUUCAGACUGCUGUUAAACAGAAAAAGGAAAAAUUCUUCUUUAUUGAUAAAGAAAUUCCUCUUAACUUAAGAUUUGGAGUAUUUAUUACUAUGAACCCAGGAUAUGCUGGAAGAACUGAGCUUCCUGAUAACUUAAAGGCUUUAUUCAGACCAGUAUCAAUGAUGAUCCCUGACUAUGCCUUGAUUGCAGAGAUUAUUCUUUUCUCAGAAGGAUUUGUAACCGCCUUUGAUCUUGCCAGAAAAAUGGUUCAACUCUAUAAACUCUCAUCAGAACAGUUGAGUAAACAGAAGCAUUAUGAUUUUGGAAUGAGAGCUGUAAAGUCAGUCCUUGUCAUGGCGGGUUCUUUGAGAAGAAAAGAGCCAGAUUCUGAAGAAAAUAUUGUGCUUAUUAGAGCUAUGAGAGAUUCAAAUGUACCUAAGUUCUUAGAGCAUGAUCUUCCUUUGUUCAAUGGAAUUAUCACAGAUCUAUUCCCAGGAGUUGAAGUCGAGUUCAUCGAUUAUGGAAAAGUCCAGACAAAGAUUGAAGAGAAUUUGACUAAGAGAAAAUACCAACUAGUGCCUAAGCUGAUCAAGAAGACCAUCCAGCUUCUUGAAACUAUGCUUGUUAGACAUGGAAACAUGAUUGUUGGAGAAGCCUCUACAGGUAAAACGACUAUAUGUGAAGUCCUUGCUGAUGCUCUUUCUGAUCUGCAUGAGGAUGGCUCCAGAGAAAGAAUGCAUUGCCCGGUUGAACAAUACAGACUUAACCCAAAAGCUGUGACAAGAGAUGAGCUUUUUGGAUACACUGACCUCAUGACUAAUGAAUGGACUGAUGGAUUAGUUUCUAAGCUUGUGAAUGACGCAGUAGAGAGUGAUAAGCCUGACAAUCUAAAAUGGAUCAUCUUUGAUGGUCCAGUAGAUGCGCUCUGGAUUGAGAACAUGAAUACAGUACUUGAUGAUAACAAGACUCUAUGUCUUAAUAAUGGUCAAAGAAUCAAGCUUCCAACUACAGUUACAAUGAUCUUCGAGGUUAUGGAUCUAAAGGUAGCUUCACCAGCUACUGUAUCAAGAUGUGGUAUGGUCUACCUUGAGCCUGUUCAUUUGGGAUGGCAGCCACUAGUAGAUACUUGGAAAGCAAAAAUGGCAGAGCUAGACCCUGAUUGUGCUAUUUACUAUAAUCAAGCAUGCAAAAUAAUAGAGAAUGUAUUUAAGAAAGGACUUACUCAUAUUAGAGAAGAGUGCAAAGAAGUAAUCUCAUCUGUGGAUAAUAACCUUGUUGCUAGUUGUUUGAACCUUCUUGAAUCUGUAAUGGACCCUGAAAAUAAAAAGGUUGAUCUGAAGAGAGCAGUAUCUCCAGAGAAUGAUGUCAAAGUCUACACUAUUUUCUCUAUUAUCUGGUCUCUUGGAGCAAACUUGUUCGAUGAUAGCAGGAAAGCAUUCAAUAGAUUUAUGAAGUCAAGAAUUAUAGAGAUUGAUUGUGAAUUCCCAGAUGAAGGGCAGGUCUAUGAUUAUGGAAUCGAGCCAACAACUCAUUCAUUCGAAUCAUGGCAUGAAAGAGUCACUAAGUUUGAAUAUAAUCCUGAUGCAUCCUUCUUCUCAAUCCUUGUGCCAACAUCAGAUACAGUAAAAUACAAAUUUAUGCUUGAUACUCUUCUUAGCCACAGCCAUAAUGUUCUCAUCUCUGGAGAUACUGGAGUUGGAAAAUCAGUUAUCACCUCUGAUUACCUUGUAAAGACAGAUGCCGAAGCUUAUGCUUCAGGAUUCAUUAACUUCUCUGGAAAGACUACCAGUAAAAACCUUAAGGAUGCUUUCGAAUCAAAGCUCGAGAAAAAAAGAAAGACCUUGCUCGGACCUCCAGGAGGAAGAAAGAUGAUCUUCUUCAUCGAUGAUGUAAACAUGCCUCAGUAUGAUGAGUUCUUCUCACAACCACCAGUAGAAUUGCUUAGACAGACUAUUGAUUCUGGAGGUUUCUAUGAUCUUGAAAUUCUUAAAUUCAAGGAAGUCAGAGAUACUCAGUUCGUUACUGCCUGUGCUCCUCCAGGAGGAGGUAGAAAUGCUGUCACUCCAAGGCUUUUUAGACACUUCAACAUGAUUUGGAUCCCAGCCUUGAGUAAAAAGUCAAUGGAGCUCAUUUUCUCUUCGAUUCUGAGAGGUUUCCUUGAACUAAACCAAAAGUCUAGUCUCGAUAUGUUUGCAGACCCAGUUGUGAGAGCGAGUGUUGAUAUUUAUGAAAAGACAAUUAAAGAUUUCCUCCCCACUCCUACUAAGUCACAUUACACUUUCAACCUCAGAGAUAUGUCCAAGGUUGUGCAGGGUAUUCUUCAAAUUAAACAUUCAAAUCUUGAUGAUAAGGAAAUGCUUGUAUCCAUCUGGGUUCAUGAAAUCUUCAGAGUCUUCAGAGACAGAUUGAUCAACCAACAAGAUAUUGAGAAAUUCAACGACAUCGUUACCAAACUCAUGCAGAAACAUCUGAAUGUAGACUGGGAGAAGAAGCAAUUUGUAGAUAUUCUCUUUGGAGACUAUGAUAGUGGUAUCGAUAGAGAAUACAAGAAAUUAGAUGAGCCAGAAACACUUGUGCCAAAACUGAAUGAUUAUCUUGAGUCAUACAAUGUUAGCUCAACAACCCCAAUGAAUCUUGUAUUCUUUAACGAUGCAAUUUAUCACUUAAGCAGAAUCUCAAGAAUCCUGAGAUCUCAGAGAGGAAAUGCUCUCAUGGUCGGAGUUGGAGGUUCAGGAAGAAGAUCUCUGGCAACACUCGCAGGACACAUGCAAGAAAUGACUUGCUUCUCCAUUGAAAUCUCCAAGAAUUACAGAGAGAAAGAAUGGCACGAAGAUUUGAAGGAACUUUUGUUCAGUGUUGGUGCUGAAAACAAAGAGAAAGUAUUUAUUUUCUCUGAUAGUCAAAUCUUGAAUGAAUCAUUCCUUGAAGAUAUUAACAAUCUUCUUAAUGCUGGUGAAGUCCCCAACCUCUUUGCUGCAGAUGAAUUCGAGAAUAUUGUUGACACUCUAAGACCAUUUGCUAAAACACAAGGAAAAGAAGGUAGAGAUGAAAUCUUGCACUUGUUCACCUCUCUGUGUAGACAGAAUUUGCAUAUUACUCUAACAUUCUCCCCUGUUGGAGAAAAAUUCAGAGAAAGAUGUAGGCAGUUCCCUUCAAUUAUCAAUUGCUGUACAAUUGAUUGGUACCAGAAAUGGCCUGCAGAAGCCCUAUAUUCGGUCGCUGAUAGAUUCUUCACUGAAAAAGAAGCUGAACUUAAUAUUGUAGAAUAUAAAGAAGCUUUAUGCAGAAUGGCUGUUGAGAUCCAUAACAGUGCAGGCAAAGAAGCUGAAAACUUUUAUGAUGAGCUGAGAAGAAGAACUUACACGACUCCAAAAUCAUACCUAGACCUCAUUAAAUGCUAUCUUGAAAUGAUGGCUGAACAGUCUGAAAUAGUACCCCAAAAUAUUGCUAGAUAUAGCCAGGGUUUGAGACUACUUGCUCAAAUCAAAACAAUGGUUGAUCAACUUCAGGUUACUCUGACCAAACUUCGUCCCGAAAUUGACAAGAAAGAAGAGGAAACCCAGAAAUUAGUUGUUGAUCUCGAGAAGCAACAACAGUCUGCUGCUGAAACUGAGAAAGUAUUCAAAGUUGAAGCUGAAGAAAGUCAAAAAUUGUUCGAAAAUGUACAAGAUCUCAGAAAUGAUUGUCAGAAAGAACUAGAUAAAGCUAUGCCUAUUUAUGAAAGUGCCUUGAAAGCUUUGAAAACCUUGAACAAAAGUGAUAUAGUUGAAAUGAAAUCUUAUCCUAAACCACCAGAUGAGGUAGUCAUGGUUAUAAGUGCAGUCUGUAUCUUUAAUAAGAAGCCAGAAAACUGGGACGAAGGAAAGAAACUUAUGAAUGAACCAAAGAAGUUCCUUGAGAAUUUGGAGAAUUACGAUAAAGAUAAUAUCCCUGAAAAGAUCAUUAAGAAAGUCAGAAAGUAUACUAAAAUGUCUAAAUUUGAUCCAAAGAUUGUCGGUGCUAAGUCUAAUGCCGCUGAAAGUAUCUGUAAAUGGGUAAUUGCAAUGGUUGAAUACUCUGACGUCAUGAAAAUCAUCAAACCUAAAAAGGCAUCUCUUAAGAAAGCUGAGAUUGAGCUUGACAAGGCCAAGGAAGAACUAUCAGAGAAGGAAGCUUCUUUACAACAAAUUAGAGAUAAAAUUGCUCUCUUGCAAGCUAACUAUAACUCUUCACUCAGGACUUUGGAGAGCUUAACUCAGCAAAAAGAACUUAUUGAGGUUCAACUUGUCAGAGCUGAGAAGUUGCUCAAUGGGCUUGAAAGUGAGUCUAAACGUUGGGAGAAAUCUGUUGAAGAACUCAAUAUUGAUCUGCACGAUCUUGUUGGAAAUAUUAUGGUCUCUGCUGCUUGUUGUCAAUAUACUGGACCUUUCACUAGCAAAUACAGGAGCAAAUUGAAGGAGUCAUGGAUUAGAUUCUGUACCCAAAAUAACAUCCCAAUUUCUAACAACCUGAGCUUAGAAAGAAUCUUGGCAGAUCCUGUUACUAUCAGAGAAUGGAAUCUGAAUGGAUUGCCAGCUGAUGGCUUGAGUAUUGAGAAUGGCAUUUACACUACAAAUGCAAAGAGAUGGCCACUUCUCAUUGAUCCUCAAAGUCAGGCUAAUAGAUGGAUUAAGAAAGAGGAAGGACUCAAAAUUGUAAAACAAUCUCAACCAAAGUACCUGCAGACUCUUGAAAAUGCUAUCAGAUUAGGAGCUCCUGUUUUAAUCGAAAAUGCUGGGGAAGAACUUGAUCCUGCACUUGAACCAAUUCUAUUGAAACAGAUAUUCAAGAGAGGAGGACAGUGGGUUUUGAAACUUGGAGAUAAUGAAAUCCCAUACAGUAAUGAAUUCAAUUUAACGAUCACAACAAAGCUUCCCAACCCUCACUAUUUACCAGAAGUAUGCAUCAAGGUAACAAUUAUCAACUUCACAGUUACUCCUGAAGGUCUCGAAGACCAGUUGUUAGUAGAUGUCGUCAGAUAUGAAAGACCUGAUCUUGAAGAACAGAAAGAUCAGCUUAUCACAAAAUCUGCAGAGUUGAAGAGACAGCUUAAGGAAAUUGAAGAUAAAAUCUUGAGACUUGUGUCUGAAGCUGAUGAAGACAUUCUUAAUGAUGAAGAAUUAAUCAAUACUCUUGAACAAUCUAAAGAAACUUCUGUCAUGAUCAACGAACGAAUGAAAGAAGCUGAAGAAAUGACCAAAGAAAUUAAUGCAAACAGAGAGCUUUACAGAGAUGUAGCCGUCAGGGGAUCAGUCUUAUACUUUGUUAUUGCUAGUAUAGCCCUUAUGGAUCCAAUGUACCAAUAUUCUCUUGCUUUCUUCUCUCAACUUUUCAAUAGAAGAUUAGCUGUUUCUACAAAAUCAGAUGUUCUAGAAGAGAGACUUCAGAUCUUGAUAGAAGAUAUUACAAUCCAAUUUUAUACAAAUAUUUGUAGAGGUAUUUUCGAAAAGGAUAAGCUUACUUAUUCAUUCUUGAACAGCACUAACAUUUUGAUCAGAGAAAACCGUAUUACACCAGAAGAGAUGAAUUUCUUUACAAGAGGGCCAGCUCAGCUCCCUGACGAAGAAAAUCCAACAGAAUUCUCAGAUGAUAUUUACUAUAACCUGAUUUCACUUGAAACUGUGCAUGCAAACUUUGGCGGAAUGAAGGAAUCCCUUGUUGAUGCUGCUGAUACAGUAUACUGGAAGGACUUAGUCUCUUCAGAAGACCCAUCUAAGCUGUCAUUCCCUUCAAAAUACGAAGACUCUCUUACUGAGUUCCAGAAGUUAAUCAUCAGGAAGAUAUUGAAGGAAGAAAACGUGUUAUUGUAUGUUAAGGAAUUCAUUAGGAGAGAGCUAUCUGAUGAGUUCAUUGAGAGUCCUCCAUUUGAUCUUCCAGCAGCCUUCUCUGAUAGUACGAGUACUUCUCCAUUGAUCUUCAUUUUGUCACCAGGAGCUGACCCAAUUCCUAACCUUCAGAAUUUGGCAAAGCAAUUUGGAAUGGAAGAAAAACUUAAGAUUCUCUCGUUAGGACAGGGACAAGGACCCAUAGCCGAAGCCUACAUUCAAAGUGGUCAAGCUGAGGGAGAAUGGAUCUGAUUGCAAAACUGUCACUUGUCUUCUUCAUGGAUGCCAGAACUUGAAAGAAUCCAGGAAGCGCAGAAUGAAGAGACCACUAAUCCAGAGUAUAGACUCUGGUUAACAUCAAUGCCAACUUCUGUGUUCCCAGUCCCAGUACUUCAGAGUGGAAUUAAGUUGACAAAUGAGCCUCCUAAGGGAUUGAAAGCCAAUUUGAAGAGAACCUUCAAUGAAAUCACUGAAGCUCAAUAUGAAGAAUGUGAUAAACCUAAAGAGUACAAGAAAUUGAUCUUUGCUCUAGCUUAUUUCCAUGCUGUAAUCCUUGAAAGAAGAAAAUUCGGAGCUAUUGGUUGGAAUAUUUCAUAUGAAUGGAUGAACUCUGAUUUCUUUAUAUCUGAGGCUCAGCUUAAAAUGUUCCUGAAUCAACAACCAGAAGUUCCUUACACAGCUUUGAAUUACUUAGUUGCUGAAAUAAACUAUGGUGGAAGAGUCACAGAUGAUAAGGAUGUUGAACUUAUAAAGUCUCUAUUAAAGAGAUACUUCACUCCUGAUAUUCUAAGAGAUGAGUAUAAAUUAUCUUUAUUGGACACUUACUAUGCUCCAAAGGAGGGAAGCCUCAGUCAGGCUAAGGAUUACAUUAACACUCUGCCUCUUGAAGACGAUCCAGAAAUCUUUGGUUUACAUCCAAAUGCUAAUAUUACCUUCAAGAAGAAAACAGUGAGCGAAUUCCUGAAUAUGCUGAUCUUGAUCCAACCUAGAACUGCUGUAAAGGGAUCAAAUGUUUCUACUCCUGAAGAAAUAGUUGCUGGUGAAGCUGCGAGAAUGCUCAACCUUGUCCCUGAAAUUCUUGAUAAAAAGAGAGCUCAUGAAAAUAGUUUUAUCAUUACUGAUAAUGGCUCAUUGGAGUCCCUCGGAGUCUUCCUUGAUCAAGAAAUUGAUAGAUUCAAUAUCCUACUAAAAGUUAUGAAGAAAACGCUUUCCGAUCUUGGUGAAGCAAUCAAAGGAACAGUUGUUAUGUCUUUUGAGCUAGAAAAGAUGUUCAAUGAUAUUAUUGACAAGAGAGUUCCAGGAAACUGGGAAGACGUUGGAUACCCAAGUUUAAAACCACUCGGAUCUUGGAUGGAUGAUCUUAUUUUAAGAAUUGAAUUCAUGAGUAGUUGGCUGUAUGAGGGACCUCCAAAGAGUUACUUAUUACCUGCAUUCUUCUUCCCUCAAGGUUUCAUGACUGCUUCUUUACAGACUUACUCAAGAAAGAACCAGAUUGCUAUUGAUACACUUAAAUUCAAGACUCAUCUUAGAAAAGAAUUCAAUAAGGACUUGAAAGAGCCUCCAGAAUAUGGUGUGAACAUUCAUGGUCUUUACCUUCAAGGUGCAAGAUGGAAUGUUAACGAAGGUAAACUAGCUGAUAGUAAGAAGGGAGUUUUGUUCGUAGAAGUCCCAAUUAUUUGGCUUGAACCAAUUCUUGAGACUACUAAGGAUGACGAUAGAGCUUACAAAUGCCCUCUCUACAAAACAUCACUUCGUAAAGGAGAACUUAGUACAACUGGACACUCUACAAAUUUCAUUAUGUAUUUGGCUUUGCAUACUGAGCAAAAACCUGAAUUCUGGAUCAAUAGAGGAGUGGCUCUUCUCUGCCAGUUAGAUGAUUAAUCUGUAAUUUACUAAAAACCCUACUUUAAACUAAUCAAUGAU